AUGCCGCCUCCGUUUCGCAAGCCGUCACUUGGGUCGCAGGGCAAGCGCGCAUUGCGACGCAGCAGCAGCCCGGCACCCCCCUCCUCCCGGUCACGCUCGCCCUCAACGUCGUCCAACGACUCUGAUGAUGAUUUUGUGUACGUUCUGGGUAACGUCAAGAGCACUGAGGAGGCCGUUGAAUGCAUCCGUGCUGUGCAGCAGCCAAAGGAAAAGAACCAAGGACGGUUCUUGGGGGGCCUCGGGGGCUCUGCGAAGAGUCUUACAGAGCUAGUCACAACCUCAGCAAACAGAUACCCUGCAUCUCGAAAGAUGAAGGGAGAACUCCCGGCGACAAUGGAAGAGUUCUACGAGUCUCCACGCUACACCGUCUCCCUCACUGCUGCCCGGGAAGCCCUCUUCUCUGACGCACUCUCUGGCUUUCACUCCUACGUAGGACGUGAAGAGGACCAGUGUGACCAGCUGCGCACCUACGGUGCUCAGGGCGGCGCUGUCCGCACCAGCGCCGUCCCCUCCCCCUCGCCUCCCAUGACGCAGAAGUGGAACACGACACUUGCCGCCCCCUCAGCAUCCCCCGCCAAACCCGCAUCCAUGACUAUGAAAGUGACAGGUGUAGUUGAAGAGGGCCACGGGCAGGUCGCGGCUCCCGCUUCUGCUCUACCACAAAACAACAGAUCUGAAAGCGCUGGCGCCUCAUCUACCACUGCAAACCAACGUGUUUCCUCGCCGUCCGUCGUGCCAGGUCCCGCUCACACGUCUCUACAGACCAAAGCUGCUUUCCCGCCGGAUACCGUCGCAGCGGAGGCUGUCACCGCGGCAGUGGCAAAAGAAACGGAAUCCGGCUCCCCGCGCAUUCCCGCCUCCUACAUGUUUCUUAUGCGCAGUCGUGACUCAGAGGCGAUGAGCCCCGGGUCUUCCCCGGCGCCUGCCGCGACGCCGCAAAGCGUCGCCCUUGAGAACCCGGCGCUUCCAUCCUCAAGGGACUCGCCUGCGAGCGGCAGGACAACGAUAGCUUCCGGACCGGCUCCAGGCCCCACCACAAAUCUUCAUGUUGACGCGCCUGCAUCUUCUUCUGCGGUAGGUAAAGGGGCGAAACUGGAGGCGAUGCGGCCGCACGCCCCCCUGCAGAAGGUGAUCCACCAUCUCGAAAGUGUGCCGGCUGUGUUUCGCUACCGCUACUCACCAGAUUUCGAAGAGACGAUCGACGAGAACAAGAAGCGGCAGCAGCAGCUCGAUCGCGCGCUGCGCAAACAUCAGUGGCUCGCCGGCUCCAGAGGUCUUACACAUGCGGAACGGCAAGAAAUAUCGAGCCGCUUUGCGGACCCGAACGCGCUGGCCCACGAGUGGCUAUACGUUUGGGAGCAGUUCGAGCGUGACAUCCCCCGCGAGACCCUCUUGAUCGACGACACACGCUACCACGACGCCAACGAUGCCUUGGCGGCUAUCUUGAGCUACGUCGAGUACGGCUACGACAGAAGCCAGCAGCAUAUGAAGAAGAAGUUGGCCGCCGCCUUGGCAGCUGAAAAAAACGACGAUGCUGCCACUACACCGGCGUCGAGGAGAGAGACGACCUUGUUUGAGCAUUUUUUCUCCGCAAGCACGGCAGCCCUCAAGGGUGCGGUUGUCAAGAUGCGGGCGAGCCUGCCGGACUUUGUGGGGGAUCCCCUCCUCUCCGUCUCCGGCUACAACCCUGCGCUCUAUCACGCCUCUCUUCUCUUCCCCAUCGAUCCCAAGGCGCGAAGUGAGAAGAUCUUCUGUGCAGUGCGGGAGGUGGUGCUGGCCUCCCAACAGUCCUUUAUGGGGUUCCCGUACCAGCUGUUGUGCGAGCAGGUGGGGACAGAGCGGCUGGGGCUGGCACUGGAAGCACUGGAGAGGGAUCAAGCGGAGGUGGACGACCUGGAUGAGGAGGCGGAGGCGGGGAAAACAGCGCUGGUGACUCCGUUGGACACAACGCACGAAGAGAAGGUGACGACUUGUGUCAGUGGUGCGUCGGCCUCUAUCCCCAUCAAAAAAACAGCAGAGGCGGAGCCGGCUGUGAAAGAGAUCACCACCUCAACGCACUCAUCUCUGCACAGCUCACGUGUGCUGCGCAUCUACCAUAGUUUUCCCUCCCCGACAAGUGUGACGAACAGGAACGGAAGCGGCCAUCGCCACCGGCAGCACACCGUCCACGCUGUAGACGAGUGGAACGUGUCAUCCUCCUCAAGCCGCUUCUCAGACGCGGCCCCCUCUUCACUUUCGCUAAAGAUCUCACCGGCAACGACAGCACCACCGCCUCCGCCAGGGGGCUCGGAGGAGUCCACAGAGGCGAAAGAGCAGCCGGUGCGGGAAGUGGGCAAGCAGCCAGCGGCAGUACCGGACGUCCUUCCGGCACACAGCCUGUCAGAGGAAGCGCGGCGACGCAAGGAGAACGUGGCGCGUCUCCGCCGAGAGCGGCGUCGUCGCAGGCGCGAACAGCUGCCUCUGUUGGUUGGCGAGCCCCGUCCUCACGAGUUCGCUGCCUUUCUCGGCAUUGUGCGCGGCCGCGUCGUUGCCAAGCAGGUGAGGGAAGAGAAGAAAGAGAUCGAGCAGCGGCGAUGCGAGCAGGUGCAGCAGGUUGUGAAGCGGCAGUGCGAGCAGUGGGGCAGUGCACCAGCCUCUGGGCAGGGAUCGCGCCCAGGCUCUCGUCAAGUCCCCUCUCCCUCCCUCGAGAUGAAGCAAACAGAGGAAGAUCCUUUAGCGCCGACCGCGCAGCCCGCGGACACCGCCAUAGCAUUCCGCAAGCUAUUUCACGAAGAUGUCGAGGGCUCCGCCUAUCUGAUUCCCACCUGUUCCGCCUCCGCCACAAUGGAGCCCUCUUUGCGCCCCCCUCGCUCGCUACUCUCCAGCACUUCGAUGCGAGAGGUAUCGGUAUCACCCGAGAUGCGCGGGAUGCGCAUUCGCCUCUUCUUUGACGACAAGCGCAACGUGCCUGUCGUCGUGGUGAACAAGCUGUUCCGGUUGUUCACAAUGCCGGGGCUGCGCGGCUUCACAUCCUCCGACGACGACACCACAGAGGCGUUGAACGAAGGAACGGCACCGAAGGCAGCCACAGCGCACCCAAACGCUCCUGCGCGCAAGUCUAGUGCUGGACGCACAGGCAGCUCGGAGAAGAGCCUGCUCCUCCUCAUUCAAGUUCAGUUUUCGCUCUUUUUGCAGGAAGAUGCGGAAGUCAGGUGGAAAUGGUGGAAGCUGUAG